AUGAUAAUAAUGCCACACGAGUCUUACAAUGAGUCAGAAGCAUUUGACAAUAUUUGGAGUGCAUUAAAAUGGAGAGAAAUUAGAAGACGUAUACCAAUAUGUUUCUCAAAGACGAUUCGAAGCUGGUAUAUGCUGGGAAAUUUUAUAUACUUGGGAUAUACAGUAGGUGCGCUCGUAUUAGACUAUGACGUACCUCUUAAUAAUAAUACGCCUGCAGCAAACAAAGGUUAUCUUGGUCUAGCGUGCAUUCAUUUAACAUCUGCGUUUCUUUACUGGUAUGCAUGGCAAGAUCAUACAUGGUCAGAUGUCAUUAUGAUACCUGAGUAUAUGAAUAUGAUCGAAGCAUGCCUCUAUGUUUGGAGUUCAUCGUAUUAUCCGAAACAAAGUGUCUCGCUCUUUGAUUACUAUUCACUUGCAACACAUAAAAUCGAAUUGGCAGCGGGUGUUGUCGAUCUUAUCGCGUGUGUUGGGUGGAUCAUGUCGUGGUAUCGAACAUAUACUCGAACACUCGGUCGUGGUUUUGCGUUUGACGAUCCCGAUACAUUUGCCUGUUUGACCACGACUGUAGCUUCGUGUAUUUACGUCGCAUACAACAUUCGAAUGGUUAUUCACCCAGAGGAAUACGACACGAAUCAUUUGUAUUACAAGGGUGAUAUUCUGUUUGCAGUAGGUGGUUUCUUCUAUAUUAUGGCAGCGAUGAGAGAUGAUGGAUGGCUUUGGUUUAUGCCGUUUGCUGGUCAGUACGGAAUUGCUGUGGGGAAAGUGAAAACGGGCAAACGGAUUAAGGUGGGACUGCCACCCUAUCCCAUAACAGACUUUUGUCGGAACAGAAAAAAGCAACUUAAGAAACGGGAAAUGAUUUUGUCACCUUCUCCAGAAAAUGAUAAUGAUGAAGAAUUUAUUAUAGUUCUCUAA